CGACCACUUCUACACAUAACAGAAGUCAACACCACGAAAUAACCUCCAUAAGAAUCAUCUGGCAUCAGAAAGUCAUCGAAAUCUCAUCGGCUGUAUCACUUAUCACUCUCUCUUUGACUAAGUACACCUAUAAACCAACCAGCCGGUUCUUUCGGCACGGAUACAAAAUACCACAGACACUCUGCCCAAGCUCGGAAUAGCUUCAUUUGCCACACCUCAACUCUCGACGCAUAUCCAGCCAUGGCGCCCAAUCCUCUCAGCACCGAGAGUAUUCUCUCCCACAUGGCAGCAGCCAUUCCAACACAUCCCAAAGACGAUACGGGAUGCGACUUCAGCAGCUCGUACGAAGCCCUCGCCCUCUUCUCACACGCUUGCAUGGCUGCGGUUGGAUUCAGGUUGGUGGGAUUCAAGGAGGACCAGAUGAAAGGUAUUCUGCGUAAUCAAUCUCCCUUGAGACAUCUCUAACGUUUCGUGCAGAAGAAGAGUGCGAAAAACUAGCUCCUCGACUUGCCCCGGAAUGGAAUUCUUCGUUUGGUUCACACGCUUUCGUAUACGCUCACUCACAGUCGUCCAUGCAAUACGUAAUAAAAGUCGAUAGGUUGGGAGGAAAGGCGGAAAUCAGGGGAAUUGGACUGGGUGAUGAGAAAAUCACUCGAAUGGAAAUAACUGCCAAAGACUACAUCUCGUCCGCGGCUCUACCACUACGAAUCACCAUCACGGAAUCUGGCGAGGAGGAUCGGUCGGAUUUGGAGAAAAAGCUGAAGCAAGUUUUCAUAUCUCCAUCACGUAUCCAAGAUCUUGCGGAUCUUUUCAAGACCGAAAUCAUCCAAAAAUUGAUACCCAAACUCCACAAAGAAGGCUAUGAGGAAGCCGCCCACGUUCACCAAGAAGGAGAAGAUUCAAGAGCUAGGCCUCCUCCUGAUCUUCUUGCUCAACCCCUCCCCGAAUCAGCACGUCCUAACCCCUAUGGAAUUCCCCAUGGUCAGGAUUUUCCACGUCCAUUUCCUCAAGGUGAUUUCCCACCACCAGGCUUUGAUGACGAACUUGACAUGAAUCGAGGACCAAGACGAGGAUUUCCGGGAGGCCCAUCACCAUUCGGCAUUGGAGACAGAGACUUGAACCCCCCAGAUCUUGGCCCACAUGAUCCUUUGAGACGAAGCUUUGUUCCUGGCUAUGGAGGAGGCAUGGGUAUGGGUGGUGGAAUGCACCCUACAUUCGACGAUCCAUUAUUCGCUGGUAGAGGGGGACAAGGCGGUUUCCCAGGGGCAGGAAAUGCACCACCAGGUGCGAGGUACGACCCAACUGGUCCCGGUGGGGCUCCAAGAGGAUCUGGUCAAGGUAGAGAUCCAUUUGACAAUUUCGUAGAUUAUCAUGGUCCACCACACAUGGGGGGAGGUAACGGCCCCGGAUUUGGUGGCUCUAGAUUUAAUGGCCCUGGAUUUGGCGGUUCUGGAUUUGGUGGUGAUAUUAUUUAAUGGUGGAAAGUUGAUGUUGUACGAUGAAGAAAAAUAUGCCAUGAUAACGAUAAUUUAAUUAAUGACCGGGGAGACACAGUCACUCGAGGCGACAAGUCGAUUUUGUCCUCAGGAAUUGGUUGGGGCUGUACUUUUUAUGAUUUAUGACUUCUCAAAAGCGACCCUCCCCCCUUUUCUAACUAGCUAGUGUUCGCCAAAGUUAAUUACAAAAAUGUUUGUUCUUG